AUGUUAGUUUACAAUAUACGAGUACCAUUUUAAGUUGGAGGGAUACAUAUUACUCAUAUUUUGUACUACUCCGUAUUAAAGAUUAUGAAAUCAUGAUUAAUGUUAUCGAAUUGUGGAAUCACCCUCUUUCCAUUGUACGAGAAAGAAUAAUCCCAAAUCCAAUAACCAAUCUACACCAAAACAUUACCUACAUUUGUAGAGUUCAAACUUCAAACAUUUCACGGCACGCAAGUUUUUUCACCCAUGGUAGAAAUUAUAAAGUUAAAGUUAGCUUUUUUAGCCUCUUCCUAUUAUUCUACUCUCUACAAACUAGACACUACUUGCCUACUUCAGUACACUACAAUUAAAGCUUCAAGUAGUAUGAAAAAUUGAGAUUGAAUCAAGAUCGCUUUUUUAUUUGUUCUUGACAGUGUAAAAAAAAUGGAAGAAGAAAGAGAAACAGAAGUUUGAAAAAUUGCAAGUUUAAGAAUAAAAAGAAGAAGAAAAUGGAGAGAGAAAAAGGGGGUAAAGAAAAGGAGGAAUUCCUGGGAUUAAAGUUGAAACAACGCGGAAGAUUGGUGGGGAAAAGCAGAGGAGGGGGGAAUACUACUCCACCUCCUACUUGGAAAUUUGAGCCCAAUUUUCAACUUAAACAACAAUUAGAAGAAGAAGAACAACAAGAAGUAGUAGUAGAACAAGAAGAAAAAUCAAAUCUUUCUAAUAUUGUUCAUACUAAUAAUAAUAAUAAUUAUAAUUGUGGGAGUAGUUCAUCUGUUACGGCAAGACAAUUGGGUGCAAAUUUGUGGGAAGUUUUACCACAUCUUAAUUCUCUUGCUAAAAUGAGCCGCCAUCAUCAUAAUCAUAAUAAAGCUCUGAAAAAUAAGGGUUUGCAGAUUCAUACUGUUUUGGAGGACCCACCUGAUGAUGCUUCUCAUGAACAGCCUGUAAGUGCUGGAAGCUUCCACAGGAAUAUAGCAGCAUCGCUUUUGCGAAACCAUCGAGCAGUGAACAGGAAUGGCCGUGAAAUUCAACCAGUGUCUCCUCCAAGUUAUAGCAGUUCUAUGGAGGUAACGCAAUACAAUCCUGCUGCUACUCCUAGCAGUUCUCUAGAUUUCAAGGGGAGAAUGGGUGAUCCCAGUAACAGCCUUAAAACAUCUACUGAGUUGCUCAAAGUUCUCAACCGCAUCUGGUGCCUUGAAGAGCAGCACACAUCGAACGUGUCACUAUUGAAGGCUAUGAAAACAGAGUUGGACAAUGCACGAACAAGAAUGAAAGACCUGCUGCGUGAGAAACAAAAGGACAGGCAGGUGAUAGAUGAGCUGAUGAAGCAAGUUACGGAGCAUAAACAUGUCAAAAGAAACAUGGAGCAAGACAGAAUGCAGUCUGCAUUGCAAUCAGUGAGACAAGAACUAGAAGAUGAGAGAAAACUUAGAAAGCGUUCUGAGAGUUUGCAUCGCAAGAUGGCCAGAGAGGUUUCUGACUUGAAAUCUUCCUUCUCUAAGGCUUUGAAAGAACUAGAAAAGGAGAGAAGAGCACGUAUCCUCCUGGAGGACUUAUGCGAUGAGUUUACUAUGGGAAUAAGAGACUAUGAGCAAGAGCUUAGGUCUCAGAAAUUCAGGAGUGAGAAGGAGCAGGUUCACAGAGGACAUGUUGAUAGCCUUGUUCUCCAUAUUUCAGAGGCUUGGUUGGAUGAACGGGUACAGAUGAAGCUAACAGAAGAAAUGCGCAAGGAUAUGGAAGAAAAGUGCAUGAUCGUGGACAAGCUUAGGCCUGAAAUAGAAACCUUCUUAAAAGCUAGGCGAACUUUGGAAUCAAGAGAAGAUGUUGACUUUCAUAACAAAAGUUCCAAGAGUAGUGGUUUUCGCCGUCAGUCAUUGGAGUCAUUCCCAUUGAAUGAGGCUACAAGUGCUCCUCAAAAUGUUGACGAAGAGGAUGAAAAUGACUCUACUGAUAGUGAGUCAAAUUGUUUUGAAUUGACGAAAACUUUUGGCGGAGUGUAUUCCAAUGGGGUUCACACAAAAACUGUUGGUAAUUCUUCUGAAGAAAGGGGUCUUGAAGAAAUACAGAAGAAAGAUGCAACAAAGAGAAAUGGUGAAUGUCAAGAGUUAAGUAAUAAUGGCCGUAGUUUAUCUAGCUUGCAAGCACGGUUUGAGAAACACAUGGCUCGGAUGACGUUUAGUAAUGGACACACCCUGAACGAUAACCAAGAGGCUGUAACAGAAGAAGGUUUACUUGAAAGGAGGAGUAAACGAUUUGGAAAUCGGGCAGGGAAUUCAAAUCGUAUGCCUGAUAAUUUAUUGAGGAAUAACUCUUCAUCAAUAGAGGGAGAGAGAAUUCAUCCAGAGAGUGAAUUACCAGAUAAUCAUUUCUUGUUAGCAGAUCUUGCUAGUCCUGUGAAGAAUUGGGAAUCCAAAAUCCUUUCACAAGACCAUGAAAUCUCUGAGUCUUCUUCAAUAUGGCCUAGGAGCAGUAAGCAAAACACGUUGAAGGCUAGGCUUCUAGAAGCAAGGGUGGAAGGGCGAAACAUACAAUCAAAGGUUUCCAAAGGUGCAACUUAACAAGCAAGGUUCUGUUAUCAUCUUCUUCCUCUCUGCUGGCUGAUGAUCGGGUUAAUGAAAUUCAGAUUGACGACAAAUGAUUAUAAUUCUCUGGAGGAAAGUCUGCAUUGUGAAUAUUUGGGAGGAUACUGGCAGAAGAAUGUGUAACACUUUGGCAAGAAAGUUAUAACACAAAUCUUCAUCCUGUGAACAAACUACAAAGGAGAAAAGAUUCGGGCAAGGCACCACCUGUCUUUUCUUUGUUAGUUGGCCUGAGUAAGACUCAAAAAUAAACAAUCAACGUAGUUGUAACAAUAUUGAUGGAAAAUAGAGAGAAUUUGAGAUGAAUUUGAGUCUGAAUUUCAUUGAACUGUCUUUUGCUAUCACUUCUUAAAAGCUGAACAAGUGUUGCAGCUGAAGCAUUGGAAAAAAAUAUAGCUACGACUUUGUGUUUCAAGGAAUGUCCUUUGAUCCAACACAAAGCGUCUUCUCUGCAUCAAUUGGCAGGGAUCUUUGAACUGGGUCAACUAGAUGCCAAUGAGGUUUUUCUUUAGUUAUGAUUAUAAGACUAAAGUUCUGUUCUGUGUAUGUUAUGUACACUGUUAAUUUUACAAGCAAUUAUUCUAACUUUUUGAUUUUUA